AUGUCACCGCCAGCUACCGAAACACCGCCGAAGAUGCUUUUGGGACAGUUGUGUUGGAGUUUUGCUGCCCGCACUGACUAUGCGACCCCUGAAGAUUUUGGAGCUGCAGUUCUACAGUAUCAAAUGGAUAUCGUUCAACAUAGUAACGGUUGGGAGCCUGAUGCCAUGAUUCUACCCUAUUGUCGCUUUCGAUUCCACUGGGAAGGGUUGCAUCGUCAAGAAAACGAAAUGAUAGACAAAAACAACAUUGUUGAAUCUUCUUCUAGCAAGGGCUUCACGGCGUUGGAUUUGAUGUACAAGGUUCAUCAGAUCAUGGUUGAAGACUGCAGGCUCAUGGACCAUUGCUUUUUUGAAGGGUUCGACUAUGUGAAGGGACCUGACAAGAAUACUGGGAUUGUUGAGUACGGUGUCUCACAAGGAUCCUAG